GGUGGUGUUUGUUUUGAAGCUAAGAAGAGGUGGACUUAAAAAAAUCAACCUUUGCCAAUGUGGGCUAGUUUGGCAUUCACUGUCAAGAACUACUUAGUUAGCUAACUAUAGCUAGAUAGAGACGCAUUUCACAUUGUAGCCUUCUUGAAUUGGCAUCGAGUUGGUUUGGCAGGCAGGCUAAUCCAAUAUAAUCCAUCACUCCACGUCGGACCCAAAAUCAAGAUUGUGUUCCAGUGAGAGGAGCCUCCGGUUGGUCUGUCUCACGGAUGAUCCCUACUGUCCUGACGCUGUGUUGGCAUGGAAGACUGGUGGACUACAGCAACUAUAGAGCCAUCAAUAGAAAACCAUGAGAUCUCCGGCAUAGCAAGACUGAUGAUGUCCCCCUCGAGGCAUCAUAAAAACCUUCCUACAAUGCACUCCUCCACAAUGCCACUGUCUAAGAGUUCCUACAAUGUGUUAAGUGCCUUCUGCACUGAGGACAAUGUUCCCCAGUGUAUCUCUUACAUCAAUCAGGAGAUGGACUCUCUGGGGUUCUCCUCAGCCUGUAUUGAGGCCAGCUCACCAGAGGGAAGCGGGGGGCUGAACACGGUGCCAGCUCUGAACGGCAUGUAUGAGCUGCUCCAGAUGCAGCGCCGCAGCCAACGCAGCCUGCAGGAGCAGGAGACGGAGAGUCUGAAGAUCUCCAGCGCCCUGGAACACCUGCAGAUCACCAACUCCAGACUCAAGGAUCAGCUGGAGCUCUCUAAAAGAGAGAAGUCGGGACUGCACGAGGCAGAGAGGCAGCUGCAACUCAAAAUCAAGACUCUGCAGAACUGCCUGAAAACCGAAAAAGAUGAGGUGCAGAAGCUCCAGAGCAUCAUCGCCAGCAGAGCCUCUCAGUACAACCAUGACACCAAGAGGAAGGAGAGGGAGAGCACCAAGCUCAAAGAACGCCUCAACCAGCUACUGGUGGACAAGAGGGAUAAGAAACUAGCGAUUGAUGUAUUGAACUACUUGGGACGGGCUGAUGGAAAGAGAAGCCAAUGGAAGACUGGAAAGGUGGAGGCCAGACAUGAGGGGGAGAUGUACAAGUCCCUGCUGAGUGACUAUGAGGGUCGUCAGAGAGCCCUGAUGCUGGAGAACGCUGAGCUGAAGAAGGUGCUGCAGCAGAUGAAGAGGGAGAUGGUGUCCAUUCUGAGUCCUAGUCCUAGGAAACCCUGCUCCAGCUCCAGAGGAGACCGUGUGGAAGACAGCCUAGAACAGGCCGGCUCAGACAGGGAUAAGGAAGUUGGCGACUGCAGUAGAGAGACCCUGGACCAGUCAUGUGACCACGCCAGGGAACAAUCCUGUGAGCACGCCCGGGAGCAGCUGACCAAUAGCAUCCGGCAGCAAUGGAGGAGACUGAAGAGCCACAUGGAGAGACUGGACAGCCAGGCCUUACUGGUGCAGCAGAGCCAGCAGCGUGCUGGUAAAGAGCUGGUCCCUAGACAGAUCCAUGAGGAGGAGAUGGAGAGGAUGAGACUGGAGGUCCAGCAGUGUAAAGACUUCAUCCAGACCCAGCAGCAGCUCCUACAGCAGCAGUUCAACUCUCCCUGCUAUGAUGAUGAGACUGCUGCUCUUCUGAAUGACUGCUACACUCUGGAGGAGAAGGAGCGUCUCAAAGAGGAGUGGAGGCUCUUUGACGAGCAGAGGAGGAACUUUGAGAGGGAGAGAAAGAACUUCACUAAAGCUGCCAUUCGCCUUGGACAUGAGAAAAAGGCUUUUGAGGAAGACCGUGCCUCGUGGCACAAGAAUCAGUUCUUGAACAUCACUCCAUUUGUGGACCGAAAACGACAUUCUGCAUCAGAAACUCCACGUGCCUUAUCAACCAGUAGUGAGCCCGAGAUGAGGAUCCCAUCCACUCCAGCCAGGCUGACCAAAUCCCGGACGUACGCUGCAUUCUCCACUCCUAAAGCUGCCCCUGUCGCUGGCAUGCCCUCCACAGCUGAUCUCUACCGCACACUACGCCUCAUACCAGACAGCAGCAGCUCUUCCAGAGGCAGUUCAAAGCGAGGGAGCUGGCAGGAGUUCAACAACUUCCACAGUAGAGAAGAUCCUCGGGUCAGGUCCAGGGACAGAUACGGAGGUGGAGACUGCUGCAGUAUCUUCUCGCUAGGGUCAGAGGAAACAGCCUCACCUGAAGACACACUCCAGUGACAUAUUACUGUGGACUCAACAGACCACUCAGAUGGCAGUCCAUGGCCGUGUUCAUUAGGCACCAAACAGAAGAAAAUGGACUGAAACGGAAGGACUACCUUGAUUUGUCCAAUAUGUCGCACUCAUUUUCAUUUCCCAUUGGGUGCCCUAAUGAACAUGACCUAUGUUUCAACGCCACCACUGUCUCAGGAUGAACAGUGGUACAUCGGUGUUCACCAAAACUCGAUUCAAUCAGAGAGCACUUUAAUGAACAUGCUGAUUUAUUUUUCUUCUUUAUUUUAUAUUUCGAUUUUUACUAAGCAAAGCAUCUCCAAGUCUCUAAGCUUUUGUGAAGUGGCAGCCAAACCUUAAUUUGGGUAAAUCAGGGUUCUGCUUCCACCAAUUCGGUGCCUUUUGAUAACUGUAACUUGGUCAACUUUUGUCACAUAACUUUAACAUUCUGUCACAUGUUAAUUUUAUUUUUUACACUUUUUCCCAUCUCAAGAGGUGUUACAUUUUACAAAUUAUUAUAGUAAGUGCUUCAGUGCCAAAUAAAGUUACAGGGUUGACGAUGUCAUCUUAUAUCAGCCAUAAAUCCCCUUGUGACGGGGAAUGGAAGCUUGUUGUGUGCAACAGGGAGUGGCAAUUGAAUGCAAGCUUCACAAUUUUUUUUUAUUGUUAAAACAUUUCUAGCCUGUAUCUAUGUGUAACAGGGUUGACUUGUUACGCUCGACCCGCUCAGUCUUCCACUACAAAACACCAGAAAAUGGCCAAAAAUAAUAGAACCAGGCCACCUGCUUUUACACUAUGAUUACUAUUAGAUGUUCAAUGUUUCUUUAGAUCUUUUUUUUUUUUUAAGGAUUAGUUUCACUAUUAAAAUGAGUUCAGUUCACAUAACAGGGUUGACCUUAAAAUGAGGGACAUACAAAUGAAUCACUAAUCACAUUAAAUAAAUAAUAAUAUUCAGAAAUGGCUGUCAAAGCAACAAUAACUAGGGCUUUACAAUGAUGGUGAAAACUUGGAGAAAUGUUGGGGCUAAAUGGGUUAAAAUCUUCCGAGAAGUUACUGACGGUGCAUGGAGGGAUAUAUCAAAAUGCUGAAUUUUGGCACUUUAGCAAGUCUUUACUCAUAUUAAAAAUAGGAUUUAUUUUAUUCUCCAUGCUAUGUUAAAGAGCACUUCAUUUAAUAUAACUGGGUUCUAAAAUACAAAAUGAGUGCACAAUUUCUUCUUAAACAGAAAAUCCACUCGAACUAUCUUUCUGUAUUUUUUUUCAUUAGUCGACUGUUGAUACGGUCCCAAAAUGUUUUGCAUGUGAAGUUUAAGAUAUUGGACUUUCAAGAGACUCAAAAGGCACUAUUUUCGUGGAACGACCCAGAUAUUUUCCAAUUUGGGAAAAGCUACUGCCUAGUCAUGAAUGUUUACACAUUGUUUUCUCUCCAGAUCAUGAAUAUUAUUUUAAUGAACUUUAUUCUAAAUGUUUAAAAUGUAAAGUGAUAUGCUGCUCUGAAACUGCAAUAAAUGUAUUUAUUUUUAUAUAUCUGA